AUGACCGUAAAACGGCUUCUGCAAAAAUCCGGCGGUUUAAUCCAAUUAACGAUGCCAAGAGGAGACAAAGGCCAUCGGGGGUAUGGCUUUGCAACAUUUAAAAAUAAGGAUUAUGAAAAACAAGCGCUUAUGUUGAAUGGCCAUGUCCUCUCGGGUCCAAAAGGCGAGAAUCCACAAAAAAUGGAGGUGAAGCCAGCCUACAAGCAAAUAUUCCACGAUGAUGCAAAACCCCAUAUAAAACCACCAGUUGAUGGUACUUCCCAACAUGGAAAACCACUAGUUCAUGGUACUUCCCAACACCAUGGAAAACCACUAGUUCAUGAUACUUCACAACAUGGAAAACCACCAGUUCAUGGUACUUCCCAACAUGGAAAACCACCAGUUCAUGGUACUUCACAACACCAUGGAAAACCACCAGUUCAUGGCACUUCCCAACACCAUGGAAAGCCACCAGUUCAUGGUACUUCCCAACACCAUGGAAAACCACCAGUUCAUGGCACUUCCCAACACCAUGGAAAGCCACCAGUUCAUGGUACUUCCCAACACCAUGGAAAACCACUAGUUCAUGGCACUUCCCAACACCGUGGAAAACCACCAGUUCAUGGUACUUCCCAACACCAUGGAAAACCACCAAUUCAUGGUACUCCACAACACCAUGGAAAACCACCAGUUCAUGGUACUUCACAACACCAUGGAAAACCACCAGUUCAUGGUACUCCACAACACCAUGGAAAACCACCAGAUCAUGUUACUCCCACAACACAUCGGCAAACCACCAGUUCAUGGUAA